GCACCGGAAGUUGCGUUCUGCUACUUCCUGAAGGAAAAGCUCUGUGGAUCAGUCUAAGUUGAAAGCUAGCCAUGUCAAGUGUCCAGGAGGCUUCCACAGAAACCACAGAAGUCAAAGAACAGAAGGAGUUUGAAGGAGAUGCAGAUGAACAGUUCGGGGAGAGUUUUGGCGCCGACCCGACCCGCUACACCUUUUAUAGGGACCGGAAGGAGUGGGCCGAUCUGGAGCCUGUUCCACAGGAUGAUGGACCAAACCCUGUAGUGAAGAUAGCUUACUCUGAUAAGUUUGCAGAUGUUUAUGACUAUUUCCGUGCACUCCUAAAGAAGGAUGAAAAAAGCGAGAGGGCUUUGGCUCUGACGGCGGACGCCAUCGAGCUCAAUGCAGCCAAUUACACAGUCUGGCACUACAGACGGGUACUGCUGCAGGCUCUGUCGAAGGAUCUGAGGGAAGAGAUGAAGUACAUUACCAACAUUAUCGAGGAGCAACCAAAGAACUACCAAGUCUGGCAUCACAGACGUAUGGUGGUGGAGUGGUUGAAUGACCCCUCAGAGGAACUCGAGUUCAUUGCAGACAUCCUCAGCCAAGAUGCCAAGAACUACCAUGCAUGGCAGCACAGACAGUGGGUCAUCCAGGAGUACAAACUGUGGGACAAGGAGCUGGAGUUUGUGGAGACUCUCUUAGAGGAGGAUGUGCGGAAUAACUCUGCAUGGAACCAGAGGCAUUUUGUUAUUUCUCACACCACAGGCUUCUCUGAUCCGGCUGUUGUGCAGAGAGAGAUUCAGUACUGUCUGAACCAGAUCAGGAAGGCUCCUCACAACGAGAGCGCGUGGAAUUAUUUGAAAGGGAUGCUGCAAGAUAGAGGCCUCUCAUCUCAGCCGGGUCUGCUGGAAAAGGUCCUGGAGCUGAAGGAGACCCACUGCUCCCCGUAUCUCCUCGCCUUCCUGUUCGACUGUUAUGAAGACGCUUUAGAGUUCAGCAGCCAAAAGGAAAAUACGGAACAGGAACAAAAAGAGACGUUAAAGAAGGCGUUAGAGAUCUGUGAGCUUCUCGCCCAGGAGAAGGACACCAUCCGUAAGGAGUACUGGCAGUUUUUGGGACGUUCAGUGAAGAACAAAUAUGGAGGAGACGGUCCUUCUGUGGCAGACGAGGCCAAGCCGUCAGUUCCAGCGUCAGAGACCAGCUAGACCUCCAGGGGGACCCCCCACCCCCAUUUCACUCCUCUCCAUUAACAUUAACCAUCCCCUGGAGUUUGAUACCAGUUUAUAAGUGUUAAAUAAUAACCACAUUACAUCACAGAAAAAGGACUCUGUA